AUGAGCUGCUCGGACGUGGCCAUGCAGCAGCCCGCGCCGGCGGCGUGCGGAGCGCCCCGCUACCUGGCCGCGCCCGCGGCGGGAUGCGCGCAGAAGAAGUUAGCUGUGUACAACAAGAUGCAGGAGUCUCUGGAAGUGACCCUUCCCAGCAAGCAAGAGGAGGAUGAGAAAGACCAGCCUGCCGAGAUGGAGUACCUGAACUCUCGCUGUGUCCUGUUCACCUACUUCCAGGGAGACAUUGGUUCCGUGGUGGAUGAACACUUCUCAAGAGCUUUGAGCCAAGCCAGCAGCUUCAGUUCAGAGACUGCCCUUUCCAAGAGCAAGGCAGGGCUGAAUCCUCUGUGGAGAGAAAGCUCGACGAUUUCAAGCCAAAGGAGCAGCUUCCCCACCUCAUUUUGGACCAGCUCUUACCAGCACCCUCCUCCUCCACCCUGCUUAAGCGGCGUGCACCCCGAUUUCCCCGUGACUGCACCAGGCACCUUCCCAACACCAGACCCCACCAGCUGGGCAGGCCAUGCCCUCCACCAGACCGCCCCACCCGCUCCCCCUGCCGCCUCCGAGUCGUGGCAUUACCCCCUGGCAGCGUCUCAGGUGAGCCCCCCGUACGCACACAUGCACGACGUGUACGUGCACCGCCACCACGCCGGCGCGCCCCGCGACCCCCGCUACGGCUCCCUGCUGCUGCCGCCGGUGCGUGCCAGGAUCCCUGCUCCCCAGGGGGACAAGGCAGAGCCCGCCGCCCUCGCCAGCGCUACCUCAGCCUGGGCUGGAGCCUUCCACGGAACCGUGGACAUCGUGCCGGGCUUUGGCUUCGAGACAGGUCUACAGCAUCAGGACAAGAGCAAGGAAACUGCUUGGUUCUGAAGUCCAGAGAAACUGAGACCAGCUGGAGCUGGAGUGGGCAGAGCUGGUGAUGCAGGGUGAUGCAGCAGUGGUUGACUCCUUCUGCAUGGAGCAAAGGACACACAUGAAGAUGAAGGGCCAACUGUUCUGGUUUUGCUAUUGAGCCUUUUAUUUGUAAGGCCGUUUAUGGGUCCCACAGUGUUGGAAAAAAAAAAAACAAACCAGAAACCUAACUUUUCUUUCUCUCCUCAUCUGAGCCUGCUGCAGCUGGGCAACCUAACUCCUUUCUGCUCCUUUAACAGUGUUUUGUUUUGUUCAGCUUGAUAUUUUUAUGGACAGUCUCAAUAGUCAGGAAAAAGACUCUCCCUUGACUACAGUGCGCCUUCUUUCAGGAAUACAGUAUUUUGUAGCUCUUUGUGCAUCUAUUUUUGUAGAAAUACAGAAAGUUUGGGUAAGGAUUGAUGGGCUAUUUUAGGAUGACAUAUUUUUUUAAAAAAAUUGUAAAAUUGUUAAGUUCUGUUUAAAGAACUUGCUCUCAGAGAAGCACUGGCAAAAAUGUAUAAAAUGCUAUUUUUAGAUGUCUGUGAUGUGUUUGUGCAUUUUGGGUUUUUUUGUUUGUUACCUCAAAUGUCUAUCUUUCCUUUCUUUUUAAAGAGCUAAACUCCUUUGUUUCCACUUUACUAGAUUCUGAUGUUUUUGUCCUUUUGUUCUAGCUUAAGCAAGUAUAAUUCGCACCUGAAGUCUCAGCCAAAUAUUUUUUCCUGGUGUUAGAUUGUAGUAAAAGUGUUUUUGUUUUUCUUGCUUCUAAAGGUGGCUUUGUGCCGUGCUGAUUGUCAGAAGCUCGCAAACACCUUUAGCACAGAGCAAAGCUUGAGGUCACAGCAACUGCAUUUCAAAAUGGACCAAAUACUCUUAAAUCAGACACAAAUAUGGGCCUCAUCUGUGAUCCAUUGAAGAUGUUGAUCACAGUUCCCUGUGGGUUGUGUUGCAGUACAAUCUCACAGGCAGGACUUUCAGCUAAGCCAUUUUGAGGUGGUAACUUACAACAUCAAUAUUCAGGGAAAUGGAAAAAAAAAAAAAGAUAUAUUAAAAAUCCAGGUUGAUAAAAAUGUGUGGCUUGUGGAAACAAAAGGGUUUCAACUGGCCUGCUCUGUGUUCUGAGCAGCUCGAGGCAAGCACUGCAGUUCCCAUCUCCCGUUGACUUCAGGAUGCGUUUGCGGUGUCGGAAGCAGCCGCGCGCGCUGAGCCUGCACACCCCGGGGCUUGGCAGCCACCAGCAGCAGAGCCUGGCCUUGGAACAGCAGCAUGGCCUCGUGGAAGCGCAGCCCUGUGCUUGGGAAACCCCCCUGGCCUGGGCCUUGGCUCUGGCUUGUGUAAGGAAGGCUGUGGUUGGAGCCAAGGUGAGCCAAAUGAAAUCCUGGGUAAGGGCUGCGAGGUCGCCGUGCGCUGGAGCUGGGUCAGGCUCUGUGCCCAGCCCUUGGGGACUCCCAGGUGUCAGCUUAGAUGGGACUGAGGGCAUCCCAGGGUCAGGAGCUGGUUUGCUGGGUCCUGGCUGUUGCUUGGAGAUGUUGCCUUUCUGCUCUGUGCACCCAGGGUCCUUCUGCAAUGUUUCCUAAGGCUCUUACAAAGCGUUAUAUUUCUGUCACUCUCAGACAUCCCUGUCUGAAAGGCACACUGGCCUGGAAAAACCAAGAGACAAACACAUGGCUGAGAUAAGAAAGAGUUUAAUUUUAAGGCACUGAGUGUUGUAAAUGUAGUUUUGUCAGGUGGAGACCACAUGGAUCUGUGUGUGAAAGGGGAGGGGGCACUGGGAAGUGCAUGCCACUCUGAGGUUCCCUGCACUGCUGCUUCCCUCCAGGCUUUUUGAACUUGAUCCUGUGAGGUGUUGAGCAUUCUUCCUUGUCAAGGCAGAGGGCUUGACAUGCUGGCACUGGAGGCAUUAGGAUUAUAUCACAAUUUGGCAAGACCCUUAAGUCUCUACCUUGGUGAUUUGAAGUUGGAGACAGCGUAUAAAUGCUGAAUGGGCUAUGCUUAAAUAUUGCUUUAAAGUAAUAAGGUUGUAGUCUGUGUUGGGAUGAUGAAUUAAAUGUGGUGGGGUUUUUUUUCCUCAUCUUUGUAGUCCAUCAGUAUUUCUUUCUCUCAAUAAAUUUCACUCUCAUGACAGUUCUUUAUAUUAUUGCUGCUCUGGUGGAGCUAGCUCCUCAAUUUGUCAAUAAAUUCAUAAUGCAGUGGGAAAACUGUAGGGGAGGGAACAGAGUAUCAGCUGCCACAGUUCACUUUCUUAUCAGGACAGUACAGUUCAGGGAAUAUCUCAAGAAAAAGAGUUCUGACUUAGGAAUGCUCACAGUAUUAGAAAUACUGGGAGGAAAAAAAAUCUAAGUUGGUUUUUUUUUUUUUUUUUUUUCUCCCCUGGACAUGGCAAAGGUGGAAAUCAGAGACUGUGUGUCCUCGUUGAACUUCAGGGAGGGAGAGUUUGGGUGGCAGGGGAAGCAUAAGAAAAGGGAGCAUUAUUUUUGAGGUGUUUCACCUCCUGAAAUAGUUUAAAGCCUAACAAGAGCAGUCUGCUCACUGCCUUCCCCUUCACAAGCUCAUACUAUGAGGGACUCCUCUGGUUAAUUCUAGAUGUUAAAGCAGAACGGGACAGGAAUGAAACAGGCCCACAGUUUGCACUGGAAUUUCUUUCUGGAUUGUAUCGCUGAGUUGUUGGCUAGUGGGGAUGAAGGAGUGGGGAAGCUGUUGCCUCUUCCACCUCCAGGACUACUGUUCUGCACCCAGUGUCUGCUGCUGAACCUGGGACUGAGCUGGCAGAACUUCUGCACCCUCUGGGUGACAAGUGCCAAUAAAAACCUGCUGUUGUCUGUAGCCAUUCAUGCACCAGUCUGUCGACCUUGAAGGUGAAAUAAAUUCUCCUUUUCCCCUCGGUCACCGAUUGUCAUUUGUGCAAUCAAGUGAGAAAGGAAAAGCCUUAAGUGCCUAGCAGCAGCCCUCCUGUGUUCUAAAAUACAAGGGAUGGAAAAGGAAAAAAAAAAAAACCACAAACCCAUCCUUCCCUGUGACAAACUUUUAAGUUAAAUUCAGCAGAUUUCCUUCUCUCCCUCUUUCCCAUACACGCACUCUUGCACACACGCACAGAAGUGCUUAUGAGAAGCAGAUGCUGCCGUGGUUCUGCUCUUGGAAGAGGGGAGAGCUCGCCUGCAGUGGUGGGGAAUCGAUGGCAGCAAGGAGGAGCUGAAAGGUUGAGACAGCUUGUGUUUCUUCAGAUAGGAAAAAAAAAGGCCCUAGAAAUCAGGUCAUAGAUAAGAUGUGUGUCUUAAUGCAUUUACUAAAGGAGUUGUGUCAUUCUUUUUCUGUGUGGUGUGUUUUGAUGCUGUCCCAAGAAAGUGGAUGAUUCAUUUUGAGAGGGCUUAUAAAACAUGUUGUACUCUGUCACUGUUUCUGGGAGAACAUAGGGAAGUUAUUGUUUUAUUUCAAGAAACUCAAAAUACUGACCUCCUCGAAGUUGUCCAGGAUUUUAUUUUAUUCCUGUUAAUGUUGAGAAAUCUGACAUCAAUUUUUAUGUCUUCAUUUGAAAACUGGAAGGGUUCAAGUAGUCCGCCAGUUUUUUCCGACGGCCCAUUUCCAUCCCAACAAGAAGAUGGAAUAGUGCAGGUGCUGGCUGCCCAGGAGAUUGGAUUUCUGGAAUUUCUGAAGAGCUGAAUAAGCUGCACUUGGCAAUAGUAGAAUGGACUCUGUUCUGAUCCCUUCCCUCACCAGACACACGAGUUCAUGUGGUCCUCGGUGAAUGGCAGUUUUGUCUCAAUCACCCACACCUGCAUCAAAACACUUUUGAGAAGAGAUCUCUCAUCCCAGCCUUCAGACAGGGAGGGGAAUGUCACAUUUCCCCCAGCCUGCCCUUAGGAUUGCCUUGCCUCACCCAGCCUUUCUGCUUCCAGGCUGUUACAUAUGUCUUGCUAUCCCCCUCCCAGAAUUCUACAUGUGUAUGGAUAUAUUUCUCUACAAAUAUAUUCAUACACAUGCACAUGUAGCUAAACCUGGUUCCCUCUGUUCCACUCUCGUGCCUCAAAUGCAUGUCCUUUGGAAAUGAAGUGAAUGACUUCAUCAAAUCUCAUCUGAGAUGGAAAAUGUAGGCAUUUUAUUGCAUUCUCUGUUAACUCAGGAGUGAAUUUUUUCCCUACUUGUUAAAAAAACCCAAACACAACAAAAACACAUUUAAAAAAACCCUUUCAAAUCACCUGAUUUGUAUCUGUAAAGAUGAUCAUGGAAUCAGCAGUUAUGUAGAGAGGUGCAAUAUAUUGCCUUUCAGCAGACAAGCCUAUCUCUGAUUAUGAUUAUUUUAAUUAAUUUCAGGUACAAGCUUUUGCUCCGUAUCAAUGGACCAGCGACAUAUAUAUUUCCUUAUAAACAAUUUAGAAAUAUAUAUAUUUUUCAGGUGGAAUUCUUGGUUUUGGUAUGCCAGCCUUUGAGCUUCUAAAGGGUAUUUAGUGAUAAAUAUUGUUUGUGUGUGGGUUUUAAUAAAAAUUGAUGCAUGUUGUUUGGAACUAAAAUCUCAUGUAAAGCAGGAAAGUAUUUAAAAAUAAAUACUGCUUUUACAUAUUAGCCCUAUGGGCACAAUCUGAGAGUUGUGGUGCAGGAAGAUGCCCCUUUUAUAAAGUAAGGUUCUCUUGCCUGAGCAAGUUCAAAAUCCAGGAGACGCUGGAGUGGUCUUGGAAAGGUUGAGCUGGUGGAGCUGGGAGCAGAGAUGAUCCUCUCCAAAUUGUAUUGACAUGGUUGGGCAGACACUGGUCAAUAUACUAAAUUUAGGCUGCGUUAGCAGGUUGAUACUUAUGGGGUGAGCUGGUUGCCAAGGGGAACUGCAGAUGUCCCUGGAAAGUCAUGUUUUAGCUGUCCUUGGUCUGCUCUCCCAGCUCUUGCUCUGCAAAGUCCAGGCCACCACAGUGGGAUCUCUGAAAGCUGGGCUGCAGUUCCCUGGUAGAUGCACCAUUUUUAUUUUUUCAGCUCCCAAUAAAGAAAGUGUAGGGAUGGGGGUCAUUAAAACACUCCAAUUAUUUAAUGCACCUGCUCUAAGGCUCAAGCCUCCAAUAUAAAUCAGCUGUGCUCUGUGGCUGCUUGCCCAUAGAAGCCUGGAUGUUGUUUCCUCCCCUCAGUGUCCCUGGAAUCCUUCAGUGGCAUUGAGAUGGUUGGGACUAGCCUUGGAUGCUGAAUUACAGUCCAGUGGUGGCCUGGAGGCUGCUCCAGCCUUGAUUCUGGUGAGCUGGGGCUCAGGUAUUUGGUACCUAGACAGCCAGUGUUUUAUAGGAGUUUGAGGUUUACAGGAAUUGACUGAAGUAUCUGCAGAACUGUGCUGCACUUUCCCUGCUCGCUCUUUGUAGCCAUUGUUUAAAACCAUCAGUCAAAUCAGGGUCCCUCUCUUCCCCCCACCUGUUUUCCCACCUUGCUUCCCUCAAAACUCCAUUGGAAUAUUUGCCCCUUGCAUCAAAAACUGGGGUGGGGGGGCCUUUGUAUAAAGAAAAGUGUCACUGUUUAUUACUGAAUAAAUAAUUUAAUGUGAAUUUUAUUGUUAUAUUUUUUAUGUAGCAUUUUCAGUUUCGUCUGUAUUUCUCAACAAUUAGCUAAUUCUUUUUGUUCUUAUGCAACUGAAGAACUCAUAAAUCUCUUUGUAAAUUUCUGCA